AUGUAUAUUAAACAAAUCAUCAUUCAAGGCUUCAAGAGGUUUGUCCCGCCCACCUUCCCACCCUCGUCCACCAACAACUCCCCCUCUAACCCGCGCCACAGCUACAAGGACCAAACUGUCAUUGAGCCCUUCUCGCCCAAGACCAAUGUCAUCGUUGGUCGCAAUGGCUCCGGCAAGAGCAACUUCUUCGCGGCGAUCCGCUUCGUCUUGAGCGAUGCCUACACCCAGAUGAGCCGUGAGGAGCGCCAGGGCCUCCUCCACGAGGGGUCCGGCUCUGCUGUCAUGUCCGCCUACGUCGAGAUCAUCUUCGACAACAGCGACGAUCGCUUCCCCACAGGCAACAAGGAGGUUGUUCUCCGACGCACAAUCGGCCUGAAGAAGGACGAGUACUCUGUCGACCGCAAAGUCGUCACAAAGACCGACGUCACCAAUCUUUUGGAAGCCGCCGGCUUCUCUCGCUCCAACCCAUACUAUAUUGUACCCCAAGGUCGCGUCACGGCCUUGACAAACAUGAAGGAAUCCGACCGACUGAACCUGCUCAAGGAGGUCGCAGGUACACAAGUUUACGAAGCGCGCCGUGCCGAGUCACUCAAGAUUAUGAACGAAACAAACAACAAGCGCGAAAAAAUCGACGAACUCCUCGAAUAUAUCAAAGAGCGACUAGCCGAGCUCCAGGAAGAGAAGGAAGAGCUACGUGGCUUCCAGGACAAGGAUCGCGAAAGGCGCUGUCUAGAAUACGCCUACCACCACCGAGAACAAGUCACCAUCCAAUCGGCGCUCGAGGAUAUCGAUAACGCGCGGCAAGACGGCCUCGAUACUACCGAUUCGCGCCGCGCUGAAUUCCUCCAGGGCGAAAAGGCGCUGUCCAAGCUUGAUGCCGAAAUUCAUAAACUGCAGCGCCAGAUUGAGCUUUUGCAAAUCGACCGCCAUCAGCUCGAAGAGGACCGCCGUGAUAGUGCCAAGGGUCUGGCGAAAAUUGAGCUCAAGGUCAAGAAUCUCAAGGAAGGUCAAUCGGCCCACGAGCAAGCACGCACUCAGCAGGCCGCGGAGCUGCAGGCAGCGCAGAGCGAGAUUGCGACCAAGGAGAAGGAGCUCGCUAAGCUCCUCCCCAAGUACAACAAGAAGAAGCAAGAAGAGAAUGACAUUCGCAGACAGCUUGACGGCGCCGAGGGUGCCCGUGGCCGUCUUUUUGCCAAGCAGAACCGAGGAUCUAGGUUUAAGAACAAGUCCGAGCGUGAUGCCUGGCUGAAGCAGGAAAUAAACGAACUCACUGCCACUACCAGCAGCCAAAAGGCGAAUCGCUUGGACGCAGACGAGGAAGUGCAGCGCGUUCAGCAGAUUAUUGCGCACGGUGAGAAGGAAAUUGCCGAAUUGCGAUCUCGUCUCGCCAACUGGAGCAACGACAGAACUGGCUACGCUGACCAGGCUGCCGAGGCUAGGCAUACUCUGGAUCAACUAAAUGACGAACGCAAACUCCUCCGCCGUGAGGAUGACAAGCUUAAUUCUAUCAUCUCCAAUGCACGCCAGGAGAGAGAGCAAGCUGAGAGAGAAAUGUCACACGCAGUAGACGGAGCCACUGCUCGCGGUCUGACGACCAUCCGACGGUUAAAGCAAGACCAGGAUAUUCCUGGUGCCUACGGUACGCUGGCUGACUUGCUCCAAGUCAACGAAGCAUACCGCUUGCCGGUCGAGCAGAUUGCUGGCGCCAGCCUCUUCCACUAUGUCGUCGACAACGCCGACACGGCUACAUAUUUGGCCGAUACCCUGUUCAAACAGCGCGGUGGACGAGUCACAUUCAUGCCUCUGGCACAGCUUCGACCGCGGCACAUCAACAUGCCAAAGUCAAGCGACGCGGUGCCGCUUCUAAGCAAGAUUACCUUUGACCCCAUGUAUGCAAAGGCGUUCCAGCAGGUGUUCGGAAAGACUGUUGUUUGCCCGAACCUAGCGGUGGCUGCCCAGUAUGCGCGCAGUCACGGCGUCGACGGUAUUACUGUGGAGGGCGACACGACAAACAAGCGAGGUGCCAUGACUGGUGGCUAUAUUGACCCUAGAAAAUCAAGGCUCGAAGCAGUGCAGGCCGCCAACAAGUGGCGAGCCGAAUUCGAUGACUUGGUGGCAAAGUCCCGCGACUUGAGAGAGCAGAUUGAGCGCAAAGACCAGGAAAUCACGGCAGCCAUGUCCAACGUUCAAAAGGCGGAGCAGAAGCUUCGACAGGCUGAGGAUGGCUUCGAGCCAUUGAAGCAUGAGCUGCGAAACAAGACUGCACACAUUGAGAGUGAGAGAGCCCACCUCGACUCCGCCCUGAAACGCCGUGAUGCCGUGGAGAAGAACAUGAGUGGUUUCAUGGAUGAGAUUGCGGCGCACGAAGCCGAAAUGGGCACUGAAUUCAAGAAGAGUCUGACUUCCGCCGAAGAGCAAGAGCUUGAGAGCCUGACGUUGACGGCUCAGCAGCUUCAGCAACAGUGGAAUGAAAUCAGCAAUACCAGACGAGAGUUGGAGCGCAGGAAACAGUUCCUGGAAGUUGAUCUCCGCCAGAACCUGCAGAUGAAGCUUGAUCAGCUAAAUAGUCAGGCAUUUGAGAACUCGGCAUCGGCUGGUACGUCUGGGGGCUUGGGCGAUGCCCAAAAGGAACUCAAGAAGGCGCAAGCAACCCUAAAAUCAGUCACUGAGAGCCUGCACGAAGCGGAACAGCAGAUUGAAAGUCUCACAACACGCGCCGAGAAUAUCAGCGCCGAACGCUCCCAGCGCGAACAAAUGCAGAACGAAAUCUCUGCGCGGAUAGAGAAGCAACAGAAGCGCCUGGAGAAGAGCUUGCAACGCAAGGCCCUCCUCACGACGCAGGCGGCAGAAUGCGCCAAGAACAUUCGCGAGCUGGGCGUGCUGCCGGAGGAGGCGUUUGACAAGUACGAGAACAUGGAGGCCAACGUGAUCACGAACAAGCUCAAGAAGGUCAACGAGGCGCUGAAGAAGUACAAGCACGUCAACAAGAAGGCUUUUGAGCAGUACAGCAACUUUACGCAGCAGGAGGACCACCUGAUGAAGCGCCGCAAGGAACUCGAUGCGUCGCAGGGCUCCAUCGAGGAGCUUGUGGAGCACCUGGACCGCCGCAAGGACGAGGCGAUUGAGCGCACGUUCAAGCAGGUGUCCAAGGAGUUUGCGACCAUCUUCCAGAAGCUGGUGCCCGCCGGCCACGGCCGCCUCGUCAUCCAGCGCCGGACCGACCGCCGCCAAGACGUCGACGAGUCGGACGAGGAGGCCCGCGGCAGCGUCGAGAACUACAUUGGCGUCGGCAUCAGUGUCUCCUUCAACUCCAAGCACCUGGACGAGCAGCAGCGUAUCCAGCAGCUCAGCGGUGGUCAAAAGAGUCUCUGCGCUCUGUGCCUGAUCUUUGCGCUGCAGCAGACGGAGAGCAGCCCCAUGGUCAUCUUCGACGAGGUCGACGCCAACCUGGACGCGCAGUACCGCACGGCUGUCGCCGCGCUGCUCGAGUCCAUCUCAGACGAGGCCGGCACGCAGUUCAUCUGCACCACGUUCCGCCCCGAGAUCGUGCACACGGCCGACAAGUGCUACGGCGUCACCUUCCACAACAAGACGAGCGGCGUCAACUGCGUCCCCCGCGAGGACGCCCUCAACUUCGUGGAGGGCCAGGCCAAGCCAGCGGCGGCGUGA